AUGAACCCCGAUCCAGCUAAGCCCAGUGACCAGGUAGCAGAACUGCUAGUGGAGUCUCCUCUGUUUUCGUUCAACUGCGCACACUUUAUUGCCUUCAAAGGAUUUAGGGAAACUUUGCAUGGCCAUAAUUAUAAUGUGUCCUUAAAACUAAGGGGAAAUAUACAAGACGAUGGAUAUGUAAUCGACUUUUCCAUUUUGAAAGAAAAAGUUAAAAAAGUUUGCAAACAGCUGGAUCAUCAUUUCAUUCUUCCAAUGUAUAGUGAUGUUCUAAACAUCCAAGAAGUUAAGGACAAUUUUAAAAUUACAUGUGAAGAUAGCUCCGAAUAUUCUUUCCCCAAACGGGACUGUGUGCAAAUUCCUAUCAAGCAUUCCUCCACAGAAGAGAUAGGGCUGCAUAUUUUAAACAAAGUAAUAGAGGAAAUAGGUUUGCCCAUUUUAAAGGCACGCAGUGUUAACUACAUGGAGGUAACCGUGAGUGAAUCCCCAACGCAAAAGGCAACGGUUCGUAGGAACAUCUGA